AGAUAUUAUUUCGUGCUGGUGUCGCUGAUGUGGAAUGGAGUGGAGGCGCACAACAUGUAUCGCAUGUUGGUGGUGGUCUACAACAGUCACGUCAGUCACUUCAUUCUCACCUCAAACUGCAUUGCUUGGGGUUGUUUUCCAGCCUUGUUAGCGUUGUUUAUUCUGUUGGUAGACAGGACAGCAUUUGAUGGAGACUACAUCAAUUGUUCUUUCAGGUGCCAGGAAAUAAUUUCAAACGAUGGAUUAGUUUUGUGUUUGUUGUUAACCUUCUAA